AUGGCAACAUUCAGGUCGUCGGCGGAACAAGUGGUGACCAUUAGGACGACGGGUGGUGAAGGAAAUGGAACGGAGAAUGGUGGUGGAGGUGCCAUAAGCCCGACACAACAUUCAGCGAAGAAGGUGAGGAAGGCCAUUGAUUUCACGGCUGAUGUGGCAGGUAUGGACGAAUCGGGGAAUAAAGUGGUGGUGGCGGAGGGUGAGAAGGUUGGGGAGAAUGAGGUCCCGGUGGUCUCUGUGAAUUUACUUGAGCCAGAACCGGCGGUUAACGAGAACAUGGCUCAGGAAGAAGGAGAGGAUGGUGAGAUAUGGUGGGAUGAGGUGAUUGAGGAGGGAGAAGCGGAGAAGAUGUUAGAAGAGGAAGACGUUGAGAAAAUGAUAGAAGAGUUUGCGGAUCCGGUGGAGUCACAAGGCGAGAGUGAAAUGCAAAUUGAUGGAGUUGCAGGUUUGGAGAAGGCUCUUGGGGCCGAGCAAUUUGUGGAGAUAGAGGCCAAGGAAGUGGGACGUGGCAAGCACGUUACGGCAAGAAAAAUCGGGGCUAAGAAGAAGCCAAUCAGAACUACGGUGGGGACUGGUGGUGGUGGAGCUUUAAAGAGACUUGUGCAAGGCGCGAAAACUCCACGGAAGAAACAGGCGGCAAAAGCGGGACCUCGUAUCGGAGACAAGCCCAUAGGGAAUGGUACGGAGGGAGACCCAACGGAAGGGUCAGAGGCGUCUUCUAAAGUGAAUUAA